AUGGAACGGGCUUAUCGAGUUAUUGAUCUCGUGCAAGCACACGCCGUAGACACCAACGGCAUGGAGGUAUCGAUUUCUGAAUUUGGCUUCCUUGGAUCGUACGACGAGGCCCAUUCUCGCAAUCACGAAGACAAGGUUGGGGCCAUGUGGUCCGUGAUCCUCGCAAUCGCCUUUCCAGUGACAGAAGGCUACAUCAACGCGCCUCAGCACGAAGUCGCAAAUCGGUUUACAGAUUUUACCACAAUGCACUGGCAACGCAAUGCCCAUGACAAACCCUACAGCCGGGAAUUCCUUAUCACAGAGACCAAAAAGGCCAUUAUCCCAACCCCGGAAUCCCAUUGGCGAGAUGCGGAGGGGCAGUUGAAAGGCUACCUCGACAGAUGCUACAGAGAAGAGGGCGGCACAGACAUACUAUAUGGCAUAGUAGCCAUAGGCCGGUGGGCGAAGUUUUACACCUAUGAGGGGCAGUCCGGGGAGCUGGAGCUCAUGGACGAUGAAAAGGAACCGUUCCACGUCAAGAGGAAUGCGGACGUUAUUAUAGAUCGCCUAGAACGUAUCAAGAGGGCCCAGCAGUAG